AUGGAAUCGAUUCCGAAUCAUCAUUAUUCGCCUUUAACGAUUUCCAACUGCAAAUGUCAAUCGUUACGUGCUUUUCUAUUUGUGGUGGUUGUUUUAAUGGUUUCACUUUUAUAUUUUCUUACCGACAAAACUUUCAGCUAUUUUAAUCAAGAUUUAUCAACUGUUUCUUUAUUUUCACCACGUUUUUCACUGGAUCAAAUGCGGGAAUUUGCAUUUAAAAAUAGUAUUUCAAUUGACUAUAAAUAUUCCUAUUACACGCGAUGGAAUUAUUGUUUUAACCGAAUUUUGGAAGAUAGUGAUAAUCGUUUUAAUAUGGAAGGAAACGAUGUCAUUGUAUUCUUGCACAUUCAAAAAACUGCUGGAACAAGCUUUGAACGUUCUCUGGUUAAGUAUCUCAAUAUAUCCCGUCCAUGCACAUGCCAUAUGGGAAAGAAACGUUGUAUUUGUUAUCGUCCUGGGCAAGAUAAAUCGAUCUGGCUUUUUUCUCGCUAUUCUACCGGUUGGAUAUGCGGAUUACAUGCAGAUUUUACUGAAUUAUUUGUCUCAGGAUGUAUCGAUAAUGCUUUAGAUAGAAAAGAAGGUAUUCAUAGAAAUCGGCGUUAUUUUUAUACAUCUUUUUUACGUGAACCUAUAUCUCGCUUCAUAUCCGAAUAUAGACAUGUAGAACGAGGUGCAACUUGGCUUGCUUCAAGACAUAUGUGCAAUGGGCGUCCUCCUACUCCUAGUCAGCUUCCACUGUGCUUUGAUCCUGCAAUUGGAUGGGAUGGCGUCUCGUUAAAUGAAUUUUUGGCAUGUCCUUUUAAUCUGGCUUUCAAUAGACAAACAAGAAUGUUGGCUGAUUUGACGCUUGUUAAUUGUUAUGAUAUGAAAGCGAUGGAGACAGAAACGAGAGAACGAAUAAUGUUGGAAAGCGCUAAAGCUAAUCUUAAAAAUUUGGCAUUUUUCGGACUAAAAGAAUACAUGGCAGAAAGUCAGUGGAUGUUCGAACAACUUUUCCACUUACGGGAAGAAGUCGGUUACUCAACAGCUUUUGUAAUCAAAAUUAUUGUUCGCGGACGAUUUCUUGUAACCAUGUAUAUAGCACAAGUCUAA